AUGGAGAUCCAUGUAACAGCCCGAGGAUUCACGAUUUCGCAGCGACCCUACAUCCGAGAGCUUUUGCGAUUACACGAGGUUGGUAGUCAGAGGUUGGAUGUGGUGCCUGUGAACAAGGAGAUCGGAAGCUUCGAGGCAACCCCCGACGAGGGCGUGUUUUCCCAGGAGGAGUUGAAAUUCGCUCAGCAGUGUGCAGGUGAAAUUCUAUGGCUGAGUCAGCGGUCGAGACCAGAUCUCGGAUAUGUUGCCUCCCUGUUAUCCUCCUUGACAACAAAGGCUCCAAGGAGGGUGGCAGAAAUCACCAUGAAGGUACUUGGGUAUCUGCAGCGUACAAUGGAGCACGCUCUUUUCUUGGAGGCAGAUUCCACUGGAUUGGUGUCCUAUGCUGACAGCUCGUUUGCGCCAUCGGGAUCGAGGUCACAUACAGGGUGGGUGACAAUGCUGUUUGGGGCCCCGAUUAGUUGGAGGUCCAGUCGCCAGUCAACUACAUCACUGUCAACUGGUGAAGCAGAGCUUAAUGCAGCAGUGGAAGGAGCAUUGGCGCUGCUGAGCUCACAGGCCCUGCUAACUGAUGUGAUUGAGGUCCCCAUCGACUUGGUGUUGGAGACGGACUCAACUACGGCGCUGUCGCUGGCAGAAGGCUCGGGGUCGUGGAGGACAAGACACCUGAGAAUCAAGGCGAACUGGUUGUACGAGCAUAUAAGGGCGGGACAUCUGAAGAUGGUUCAUCGAAGUGGAGAGAUUCAGCCUGCCGAUGUUCUGACUAAGGCGAUGCCCUCGACGCGAAUGAUGCAGCUCAUGCAACUCUGGAAUCUGAAAAUGAGAGUGGAGGAGUUGGAAGAUGAGCUAGGUGCAGAAAUUGCGUCUACUACGAGCCCUGGCAUGAGAGUGCUCCUAGCAUUGAUGAUUUUGGCCCAGUCCAUUACGCCAAGUAGCUCGGAAAGGCUUGGUCAAGACAUUGCAACUCUGGAUGAGGUGGAGCCGCUCAAGAUUGAUCGGGGGUUAGCAACGUGGAUGGUUUUCUGGGGAAUGGUGUUUUUAGCUGUGGCAGCCUGGGAGCUACUUAAGUGGAUGGGAUGGCAGGCAUUUUUCCGCCUAUCACCAGGAGCUUCGUCCAGAAGAAUGCGUCGGCUGCAAAGGUUGAGGGAUGCAACUGCGCAAGCAAUAGCCGACGAGUUCAUGAGACGUGCGCAGGAACCGGAGAUGGAGCCAGAGCAAGUACCACAUGUCGAUUUUGGCCCGGCUUCGUCGUCAAGAAAUGGAAGAAGGGACGAGGUGCAAGCUCAUUCCAGGAGAACGAGCGUGGAAAGGCAGGUUCAAACUGCCCACCUGCUAUUACAAGGCCAGAUCCUCCGCCACAACAAGUGGUGA